AUGUCUCUGAUCCUGUUUGCGUUUGUGGUGCGGGUCAGGGAUGGACUCCCUCUGUCAGCUUCCACCGACUUUGAGCACAACAAAGAACUUCAGGAGAGGAAGCAGCAGCUCAGGACCAUCAGCAAGUCACUGGCCUUUUAUCCUGACAGGGGGACCCUUAGGGGCCAGAAGCUUAAUAUAUACUUCGUCUCCUCAGAGGGCGUUUCCUACAUGAGCGUGUGCCACAGCAGCCUCCCCAUUGCUAAAGCCUUCUGCUUCCUGGAAGAUCUACGUUGGGAGUUCACAGCAUGCUUCAACAGCACAGUCAUUUCCCUGGCAGCCAGGCCAUAUCCUUUUUUGGAAUUUGACAGCACUAUUCAAAAACUGAAGCAGCAGUACAACCAGAGUGGUGGUCCUGCACUAGAAGUGACCCUGGCAGAGGUCCAGGAAGACCUGAGGAUCCGUCCACCUGAAGUGAUUAAUCUGAAUGAAGUGGAGCUGGUCAACGGGACAGCAAAUGGGCACAUCGAACAAAGUGCUGCAUCUGCAGGUAUAAAUCAGAGGCUAGAACCAGUGUCAGUCCCAGGCAUCCUUUCCCUCAUCCUUAACAUCAUGUGUGCAUCUUUGAACAUGAUCCGUGGGGUGCAUCUCGUAGAGAACACAUUCCAGGACGACUAUGAAGGCAUUUGGAAAGUUGUGGCAUUUUUCCUCGCAUUCAUCUGCUGUGCCCUUCAGUGCCACCUUUACCUGUUCCACUCGUCUCAGAAGAAGCUGAAGUCCUUCCUCCUUUUGAGCAUGAUCGUCCUAUGCAACUUGUACCUAUUUGGCAUGCGGAACGUAUGGCAGCUCCUCUUCCACAUUUCCGUCGCCUCCCUCUCCACCUCCCUUAUCCUCACUCGCAGACUCCAGCACAGAACCGAUGACUGUGGAGUCUGAGGAGAUCAGAACUGUCCAAUGUGCUGCACCGACCCAGUAUUCAUAUCGACAGUGGUGAAAACAGCCUAUUUCAUCAGGAAGAUGUUUUUGUUUGUUUUUGACAGAACUGAAUUGAAGAGGAUGAUUAAUGAAUAUUCAUUAUCUUACCUCAAAUCUUUCUCUCGUUCCCUGAAAAACAUUUUUACUUGGGUUUUUUUUUUCCAAGACAAGAAAUCAAAGGCUAGCAAAGAGUCUGCAUACUUAACUGUCCAAAUAACGACAAAGAAAAAUCAGUUUUAAACAAACAUUGAGGUUUUUUCAGACCCUGUUUCUCAUCAAUGUUUUCUACAAGGAGUCUUAAGGGGGGGGGCGGUGCUUUGGAUCAUUUAGCCCAUUUUUGCUUCAGCUUUUCCAGGCCUUUUACCUCUGCAUAAAUGCUUUACUCAUGCUUGGGACACUUCUAUUUAUAAAUUAUUGUACAUUUAAGAUAGGAAGGAAAUAUAUGGGGAAGAAAAAAUGUUGCUUUCUAGGAUAUAGUUGCUUUUUUUCUAUUGUUUAAAUUAACAACAGAUAAACUGAAGGAUAGCUCCCAGUGCUGCUAGUUCGCUUUCUGUGAUCCAGUACCCAUUUAGCCAAAACAAAAGCAUAAAUCAAAGUUUUUUGCAUCAAUAUUGUGGGCAGGUUCAAGUAGUGCUGUGUAGCAAAGCGGUUUGGUUAAUUUACCUUGAUUGACGCUUCCAUUGCAUGUGCUUAGCUGCUUUUAAAUUAAAAGCUUUGUUUCAGGUUAAAGGUCAUCAGCCUUUCAGUAAGCUCUGCACGCACAUAUUUCUGUCACUUUGGGAAUGCUUUUCUAUUAUAGCAACAGCAGAUACAUCUUAAGUAGAGAGAAAUCUGCAGAAGGUGGGACUCAUCAGAUUUUAGCUUAUUCUUCCCUGAGUCAACAAGUCACAGUAACAGUAUGGGUUUACUGAGUGAUGAUGACUUAGAGUUAGCAGGUUUAGCUGUAACUGGGAUGUCUGAAAUAAAGUCAGAAGCUAUUAAGAAGGAAAGUUAUUUUUUACAAGAACCUGUCUGUGCUUCGUUCAGGCUUCAAGAGAUUAAAGGUUAAUUGGAGGAUUUUUGCGACUUUUUUAAAAGACCCGCCCUCUCCAUUUAAAAAAA